CAAAAGGAUUAAACUAGAGAUUUACUAUUUACUUAAAAGAUUAACGAGAGGUCAUUGUGAAAACGAGGAGACGCCGAUAAUUUACCCUUUUAGAUAUUAAUGAGGAAAGACAGAAAGAAAUCCGGAAUUGCCGAAUUGACCUUAAUUGUAUCUCUAUGAAUUCAAUUACCAUUAAUGUUUAUUCAUUUACACCCGUAGUUAUUUCCCAAUUGUCACAAUUAGUUAACCUAAAAACUCAGAAAAACCUUAGAAACAUAAUGAAGAUUCAUUUGCUUACAACGUUCACGAUGAGAUAAAUUAAUAAUAAUAAUAUUAGUCCAACAAUCUAAUUGAUUAAAUUUUCACUUUUCAACAGUAAUCACCAAUCUGUAGAUCAAUAUGAAUCUCAGGUUUUCCUUUUCAAUAACUAAUUGUCUUUCUAAAUUAUUUAUUUUCCAGGUUCUCUUAUUAGUCCAAGUGGUCGACAAUCAGCCACUUUCUCUUGACCAGGUAAUCAACCCAAGGGUAUUCAUACCUUGUCUGGCGGAUAUUUGUUACCCUGAUAUCGGAUGUUUCCCACCAUGGGAUUUAUCUCGUUACAUUAGUUUACCUUUUUACUCUGUUUGUCCAGAACCACCCGAUACCAUGGGAAUACAGUUUUACCUUUUAUCACGUUCAUCGCCCAAUCGAUUGACUCAAGAUUUAUCUCGAAUCACCUGUGGAUCUAAAGUUGCCUUUCUAAUCCAUGGAUAUUUAUCACAAUCAACUGAUCAACUUUAUCUUGUUCCCGCUGUUGUUUUACUCAAAACUUUUGAUCAUGUUAUUCUGGUCGAUUGGAGAUAUCCAGCUGAUCCAGUGGUAGCUUUUGGCUUUCCUUUUCCGGCUGCAAACUUUUUCGUCAUGCAGGCAAAUGUUCAAGUUGUCGGUCGAGUUACAGCUAAUUUAAUUGCUCAAAGAUUAAUUGUUAACCAACAAGCUCCAUGUAUCAAUCCCGAUGAUAUAAGAGUCGUUGGGUUUUCUGCCGGAGGUAACAUGUUAUACUUUAUUGCUUCCUGGUUAAAGGAAACAUACAAUAUUACCCUUGGUCAUCUAGUAGGCUUAGAUCCUUCUGGUCCACCCUAUUACUUUUCCUCAAACUUUAUGGAGAAACAAAUUCAUCCAGGAUUAGCUAAAGCCGUUGACAUGGUUCAGUGUACCUUUAAUUUUGAGAUUCCCUUGUUAACUGAACUUCAAGCCUUGAACUUACGGUUUGGGUCAUUCAAUGCCACCGGUCAUACUAAAUAUCUGGUCAAUUUACCUUAUUCUUAUAUUGAACAACCGGGUUGCUUUGGGACUCCCGCUUGUUCACAUUUAUAUUGUUUAAUUGUUUAUGCGACAAGUUUAUUUCCCGAAUGUGGAUUCAACUAUUCACCCUGUACUUACAUUGGUACAACAACUUACCUACCGGAAACUACUCAUAUCGAUAGUCGAGCUGAAGGUUCAAAAGGAUUGAUUUGUAUCAAAGCAAGUGAGAACCCGCUACGUGAUUGUGCAAUUAAAAUCCAGUCAAAUUUGAUUCAAACCAAUUGAUAAUUAUAUUCACAUAAACUUUGGAUCAAUAGUCAAUUGGAACAAUUUAUAUAACAAUUGCUAAUUACCUUCAUCUUGUGUACAUUUACCCUUAUCUAUUUAUCUAAUUAUUUACUAAUUGUUAAGAAAAUCUUUCAAUCUAUUGUUCAAUUUGAAUUAAUUGAUUGAGACUUAUUAUUAGAUCUAGAUUCAAUUUGAAGUGUCUUAUAAUUAACCGGUCAAUAGAAAAAUCAACUCAUUUCUUAAUUACGGGUUAAAAGUAUUGUAAUUGUAUUUUAGUUUAUCAACUAGUCCAAGAGAUUAAUCAGUAAAUUUGAUCAAAAUCAUUAGUCUAUUAUUGUCUAGUUAUUGGUGCAAUGAUUUUCCAUUGUUGAUUACUUUUAAUUUUUACUCAUUAAAAGAUUUCCCUAUUGA